AUGUCUUUCUUCACUUGGAAGGGGAGCAAUCGUUCGGAAAGUAGCGAACAUGCCGGGCGCAACUUACAAGAUGGUCUCUUUCAAAUUGCAUCUCAAGCUUGUCAUAUUUUGAUACAAGUGAACAAUACGCACAACGUGUCUUACGGUGGGAACAACAACGUAAAGAAUAUCGCAUACUCGAAAUGUUCCGGCAACGACGAGGAUUCGAUAAACCCGGCAACAUGUUCCGCAAGCAAAGGAACAACUUCCACGGUCCGCUCCUAUACGAAAUAUAUGAAAGAGCGAGGCAAAGAUCAAGAUGUGGUCGUUCUAUUGCCGCACCGCAAGAGCAGAACGCCUCUCGUUAAGCACAAAUUAUCCACAGUCUCUGAGAACGCGCGAUUAGAACUGAAUCCGUCCAAGUAUUCCGGCGUUGGUGGUCCUGCUGGUAGUGGAUCGAAUGCUAAUAACACCACCACCGUACCCGACGACGAUUUCGAAUUAUGGGAUCAUUCCGGUUUUAUGCUGAGAAACGAUGCGGACGAUCCAAUGACGAACGGCAAAUGGGGUGGUGCGCAAGGAUGGUGUAGACCAAGUUGCAUCCCGAUCACGGUCAUAUUGAUUUUGAUAGUGCUGGUUGUAUUACUGCCGUUGCUGGAUCAUGCAGCGGACAAAUACGCGUUCAACGACACCAGCUUUGGCUUUGAUUCGAAUUGCAUGGACGGUUGCAGUUUGUCGUUCGUGGAAAGUCUGCCAGUCGGCAUGAAUUACGCCAAUGAUAGCUUCUUACUCGACAACACGUACGAUUCUUGGAUUAAAUUGAUCUCAUUGGCUCGAGAGAAAAUCGAAAUAGCGUCGCUUUACUGGACUAUGAGGAGAGAGGAUGUAUAUCCGGAUGAUACCGCGAAACAGGGAGAGGAGGUUUUCCGCUUGCUUCUUCAAGCAGGCAGGGAUCGGAAUAUUCUGUUGAAAAUAGCGCAAAACAUGCCGUCGCAAGUUAGCCCGAACAUCGAUACAGAAGUCUUGACGAAAAAGGCAAACGCUAAGGUGAAGAGUUUAAACUUCGCGGGAUUGCUCGGAGGAGGAGUGCUACACACGAAAUUAUGGCUGGUCGACAGAACGCACGUAUACGUUGGUUCCGCGAACAUGGAUUGGCGAUCGCUGUCGCAGGUGAAAGAGCUUGGAUUAGUCGGUCUGAACUGCAGUUGUCUGGCAAACGAUUACGCAAAAAUUUUCGACGUGUACUGGACAGUAGGCGGAGAAGGCGGUAAAAUACCAGCUGUUUGGCCGGACUCUCUCGGUACAAAGAUCAAUCUAAAAAAUCCUAUGAACUUUACAUUUAUGGACAAUAGGUAUAAGACAUUCGUGGCGAGUUCACCCCCGGCAUUUUCACCAAACGGUCGAACCAACGACGUCAAUGCUAUCCUCCAUUGUAUCGAAAAAGCUGAGAAAUUCAUUUACGUCGCGGUAAUGGACUAUUUCCCUUUGACGAUAUACACAGCUAAAAUCAAGUAUUGGCCGAUAAUAGACGACGCUUUGAGAACCGCAGCCAUAGAACGUAAAAUACACGUACGGCUGUUGAUCUCCUGGUGGAAACAUUCUCGCAAGUCGGAGAAUUCCUUCCUGAGAUCGCUCGUGGAAUUGACCGAUAGUUACGCAGGCGUGAAAAUCGAGGUGAGGAGAUUCGUAGUUCCUACCGAUUCGCAUUUCGAGAAAAUACCGUUCUCGAGGGUGAAUCACAACAAAUAUAUGGUGACCGAUACAGCCGCGUAUAUAGGAACGAGCAACUGGUCCGGCGAUUAUUUUAUAAAUACCGCAGGUAUCGGUACGGUAUUCGAAACAACGGGAGAUGAAACUUCGGACAACCUGAGGCAACAAUUGAAGGACAUCUUUGAUCGGGACUGGUACUCUGAAUAUUCUUACACUUUAAACGGAAGUUUGCCAGUCGUGGAACAACCGACAAACAGCAUCCAAGACGACUACUAUUUGCGAUCGUCACGCAACAUAUUGGUGUGACUACGUCAACGAUUCCAUCAACGGAUAUGCGCGCGUCCACCGAGGGAUAUGAAAAUAGUAUAAUUUACAGCGGUCCCUCCAACAAGACGGACCAACCAACCUCUUCAAUGUGUCACGUCUCCCGUCAUUUACAAACAUGAAGUUCUUUUUUUCAUUUCUUUUUCUACGAAACGCGUAUACUUACUUAUGAUUGUUCGUACUCGGCAAACAUUGAUUAUGAAGCUGACGUUUUAUUUGUUCCGUAUACGCUAGAUAUACACGAACACGCAAACGCACUUCCUUCGUCCACUCUUCCUUCCCGUCCGUUUUAGCGUUACUACUUUUACGGACUCUCUCCCUCACUUC